UGCCAGCACAGCGCUGUGAGCGGGGAGGAGCCGUUCAGUGAUUCUGCAGCUGCAGAAUCGCUCGCCCCACGGAGCAGCUCAGCAGGUGCUGCACUCAGAGAGGAGGAAUUUGAAAAGCAUCUCUGGGGACUGCUUUAAGGCUCAUCCCCUUGGCUCUGCCAGUGACAGGAGCUGAGCAAUUAGAGGAGCAGUAUCGACCCAGCCCGAGGAGCGUGUGACGGCCGGCACCGGGCGAUUUAUCCCAGUGCAGCCACGUCCUCCCGUCCUGGGCGUGCCUGCCAUCAAUGGGCAUUUUGGCUGAGGCAAACCAGGCAAACCUUCUUCUGUGGCAGAAGACUCUUCUAGGGCCUGUGACCUUAAUUGAAUCGACUCUCAUGUCCCUGAGACGGUCGCAUCUCUCGCUGCAGCCGUGCUCGGUAAAUCACGUGCCCGGCCCCGCAUGCACCUGCUUCUCUCUCAGUGAGAUUUUGCAGCCUGAGGAUCAUUUCCAGCUGCUUGGGAAGAGCCCUUGGGUCACCAGGUCUGUUCCUCUGCUGCCUGAGGCCUUGCCUGUGUUCUCUUGAAGGUUCAUUGGCAGCUGGAAUUUGCACUUCCAGGCUCGAGGUGUGAGGUGCCACCUCACCUGGCACCUGGCUCUUUGCAUCUGGCCAGAUCCUCCUGAUCUCCAGGGAGAGCUUGUAAAAUCUAGUCAGUGGGUGCACUGAAACCAAAUCCCCACUCUUGGAUAUGGAGUACUGAAUGUGGUAAAGCAGUGGGUUCCUGCUGUGUUUGCCGCAGCUGAAACGUGGCUGAGCUGCUGGAGGUCACCUUUGCAGUCCCCGUGGAGCCGGGUGGCCUUCUCUGGUCAUGGCUCUGCCCUGCACUUUGGGUUCUGAGCUCAUCCUCUAUUUUGCCGCUGGCGGGGGAAAAAAAAAAAAACAACCAACAACUGUCUUCAAAGCCCUUUUCCCUUGGGGAAAAGCCAGCGUGGUCAGAAACGUCCGCGCAGAGAUGUCAUCUGAUCCCGCAGCUGGCUCAGCCUCCCGGGGGUCCUGCCGCGUCCAUCCCCGUGUCCCGGCGCUGCUGCAGGAAGCGAGCCCGGCCUCUCCCUUCCCCCAGCCCUCACCGCCCCGGUGCCCCCGCAUCUGCCCCUGCCCUUCACCGAGCGCCGGGCUGGGCUCGGCCGGCGGGCCCGGGAUGGGGCUCCGGCCGCCGGCGCAGCCCGCGCAAGGACGCAGCCGCCCUGUCUCCUGUUUCUGAGCAGCUGCUGCCAUCUCACCCCGCUGGAUCUGCACACGGCAGUACCAUGAACUGAGCACAGCCACACAACACUCGGCUUUUUUUUUUUUUUUUGUUUUGCCUUUUUUUUGGGGUUUGUUUUCCACCUGAGAACAAAGCCCUCCACGCUCUUUAAUGAAAGCUUUCUAAAGUGGGGCUGUUCUCCCCUCCCCUGAGCCGAAGUGGUCCCGGGUGCAGCGAGGAUUUCCCGACAAGAUGGGGAGGAAAAAGAUCCAGAUCCAGCGGAUCACGGACGAGCGCAACCGGCAGGUGACCUUCACCAAGCGCAAGUUCGGCCUGAUGAAGAAAGCCUACGAGCUGAGCGUGCUGUGUGACUGUGAGAUCGCCCUCAUCAUCUUCAACCACUCCAACAAGCUGUUCCAGUACGCCAGCACCGACAUGGACAAGGUGCUGCUCAAGUACACCGAGUACAACGAGCCGCACGAGAGCCGCACCAACGCGGACAUCAUCGAGACGUUAAGAAAGAAAGGUUUUAACGGCUGUGACAGCCCAGAGCCCGACGGCGACGACUCCAUAGACCAGAGCCCCUUGAUGGAGGAUAAAUACCGCAAAGGCAGCGAGGAUCUGGAUAUCCUGUUCAAGAGAUACGGUUCCACAGUGCCAGCUCCCAACUUCGCCAUGCCCGUGACGGUGCCGGUGACCAACCAGAGCUCGCUGCAGUUCAGCAACCCCGGCAGCUCGCUGGUGACACAGUCCCUGGUCACCUCCUCCCUGUCUGACCCCCGGCUCCUGUCGCCCCAGCAGCCAGCCUUGCAGAGGAACACCGUGUCCCCAGGGCUGCCCCAGCGGCCAGCCAGCGCAGGGGCCAUGCUUGGGGGAGACCUGAACAGCACCAACGGAGCCUGCCCGAGCCCUGUGGGGAAUGGCUAUGUGAGUGCCAGAGCCUCUCCAGGGCUCCUUCCCGUGUCCAACGGCAGCAGCCUGGGCAAGAUCAUCCCGGCCAAGUCCCCGCCGCCCGCGCACGGCGCGCAGCUGCCGGCCAGCAGCCGCAAGCCAGACCUGCGGGUGAUCACGUCCCAGGGCAGCAAGGGGCUGCUGCACCACCUGACUGAGGACCACCUGGCUCUGCAGAACACCCAGCGCUUGGGGGUCUCUCAAGCAACUCACUCUCUGACCACACCAGUUGUCUCUGUGGCCACUCCAAGCUUGCUGACACAGGGGCUGCCCUUCUCAGCCAUGCCCACAGCAUACAACACAGAUUAUCAGCUGACCAGUGCUGAGCUGUCCUCACUGCCAGCCUUCAGCUCACCUGGAGGGCUGUCCCUUGGCAACAUCUCUGCCUGGCAGCAGCAGCAGCAACAGCAGCAACAGCAGCAGCAGCAGCAGCAACAACAGCAGCAGCAGCAACAACAGCAACAGCCACAGCCACAGCAGCAGCAACAGCCACAGCCACAGCAGCAGCCACAGCAGCAGCACCUGGUCCCAGUGUCACUAGGAAACUUAAUACAAGGGAGCCACUUGUCCCACACCACCACUUUGACUGUCAACACCAACCCCAACAUCAGCAUCAAGUCGGAGCCCGUGUCUCCCAGCCGGGAGAGGAGCACGGGCACCCCGCUCAGCUCCUUCCCGCACCCGGCGCGCCACGAGCCCACCGGCCGCUCGCCCGUCGACAGCCUGAGCAGCAACACCAGCUCCUACGAGGGCAGCAGCGAGCGCGACGACCCGGCCCGCCCCGACUUCGGCUCCUCGCUGGGUCUGCUGCGAGCCAGCGGCGAGCCCGAGGGCGAGAGCCCCGCGGUGAAGCGCAUGCGGCUGGAUACCUGGGUCACAUAAUCCCCGCCGGGCUCCGGCAGCGGGGCGGGGGC